AGAAAAAAAAGGAAGAGAAGGUUGAUAAAGCCUUAAAGACUGGUGAAAAAUGAGGUUUUGAUCAGUUGGGAAGGAAGGAACAAUGGCGGGAGUUAAUCCCACAAACCCUCAAAACCCAAAUCCCAAUCUCAAUCAAAUGCAACCACCACCACCAUCAUCCAUUGCAGCCACUCUUCUUAUUCGUCACCUUCCCGAAGCCAUUCCCCAAGACACUCUUUCUCGACUCUUCUCCCACUACGGUGCUUCCUCUGUUCGCCCAUGCUCCUCCAAUGGCAGAUUGAGGAACUGUGCUUUUUUAGAUUUUCAAAAUGAAGCAUUGGCCUUUCAAGCUCAUCGUCAGUUGAAUGGGUUGAGGUUUCUUGGUAAAGUUUUGAAAGCUGAAAAGGCAUCUAAGCAACCCCAGAAUGAUGAUGAUAAUAAAGCUCAGCCAGGUUCUCAUGAAGCUCAAUCAUCAGUUCUGAACACUUGUUACUCUAAAGAAAAUGCUUCUGAGCAAGUUUCGAAAUCGGGGUCUUUGCCUGCUCUUGAACCCAUUGCACCUAGACUUGGUGUGGAUUAUCCAUUUCCUCCUUAUCUUGAAUAUGCCUACCCUCCACCAGAUGGUAACAUCCUUACAAACAUCGUAAACGCUCUGAUUGCUGUUCCUCGCUUUUAUACGCAGGUCUUGCACUUGAUGAAUAAAAUGAACAUUCCAGCUCCAUUUCGAAUGGCUAUGCCAACUCCGCCUCUACCACCGUUAGCACCAGUGCCACCACCACCACCACCACCUCUCCCUCUUGAAUCAGCAAAGCAAUCAUUGGCGGAAUCGUCUAGUGAAGAGUCAGAGAUGGAAUCUUCAGAUGAGGAUGCUGCAAAUGUCGCUGGAGGUGGAAGAGGAUUAAAGCGUGCCAGGCGGGAAGCAAUCGUAGGUCCUGCAGUUGAUAAAGAUGUAGCUCACGAAACUGUGGGAUUAAAAUCAGCAACACUGGUACCGAAGGAAAGACCAGUUAUAAAAAAGAGGAAUCCUGUGAUGCAGAUAAAAUUAGCACAUAAGGCAGUCCAGAGGGAACACAAUGAUGAUGAAAUCGCUAAAGAAGCAGAUGAUCUGAAAUCAGAGGAUUUAGAUAUUAAUAAACCUUAUGCAAGUCCAGAAGAAAUACAGGGUGGAAAAUUAGGCCUUGAGGAAUUAUUAUCACUUCCAGUGUUUAAGAAUUAUAAAACUGGGAACCCUGCUCCUGUAUUGUAUAUAAAGAACUUGGCAAAGGAUGUUGUUGCAGAUGACUUCUACUACAUUUUUGGAUCAUUGUUUGGAAGUACCGAUCUAGCUAAAUCGAAUCUCAGUGUGAAGCUAAUGCAGGAAGGAAGAAUGAGGGGCCAAGCUUUUUUGACAUUCCCAUCAGUUGAAUUAGCCCAUAAUGCUUUGAAUCUAGUGAAUGGAUACGAGUUUAAAGGCAAGCCGAUGGUCAUUCAAUUCGGCCGCAACCCUGCAGCAGCCAAAGAAAAAUGAACAUACCGAUGCCAAAACUCGAAGCUAAACACCAUUUACGAUUUGCCACACGAGCAAAAUGUCACGCCGAAAUGUCACAUAAUUAAUGGCUAAGAUCAAUCCAGGCAUUCUGUGAAAGAGGCUGAGAAGAACAUGAUUGAAGCCUCUGGUGCAAGUAAAUUCAUUGGGUCAUUCAAAUUUGAAAAUUAUUACACCAUCACUAAUGGAGUUAUUUAUAUAGGGAAAGAGAAAUGUUCAUUGUAAAUUCAAUAUAACAUUCACCUAGGAAUCUUGUCAUUCAGUUGCAUUUUUUUUUUUUGUAGUCUUUUCAUUUAUUCAAUAAAUUACAGGUUUUUAUUUUUAUUAUUUGAAAGUAAUGGAGAGCUUGAUUAAAACUCUUAGAAUUUUAAAGAAGGUGAUUGAAGAGGAAACAUGAUUCUUGGUU